GUACAUGAAGGCAUAGACUGAUCUUUAAAGAUAUGACGAUGUCAUCUAGAUAACAAAUUACCUACUUCGUGUUUACUUUUGUUACAUUACAAGAUCGCGUUAGGUAACACUUUACGAUACAUGUUAGUAUUAAGAUUAUGGCCAAAUUUGAUUGCUGUUAGUAAACGGUUAAAUUAAAUAUUAUUAGAUCGGUUUAUCUAAAAACCUUUAAGACUACAAAUACUUCGGACACAAAAAGAAGACGAACGAUUUCUUUAUAAUAUUUUGUACUAAUAAUGGAGACUGAGAAAAAGUUAAGAAAGCAAGUUGAACAUUAUGUGGAGGAGAUAGUUAACAAGAGUUUGGAAAUUGUUAUGAACGCAACCUAUGGAAAUCGUCAGUUGAACAGGAAUACCGUUAGUAAAGUUCACAAAAAAGUGAAUGAUGUCAAUUUAAGUAACGGAGAUACAAAUGUUAAACAGUUCGCUGAGUGCCUUGUUGAUGAAAGUUUCAAAGAAGGUUUGGAGGAGGUAGACAAACUGUCUAAAAUAAAGCCAAUUUUAUGUGUGGGAAUUGUGACACUAGAUUUCGUAACAAUAAGUGAAGAAUACCCUGCAGAGGACUCAAAAACGAUUGCAGUCGGUAACUAUUGGUCACGUGGUGGCAAUGCAGCAAAUACGGCGACAGUUCUGGCUCAUCUAGGCGCUCGAGUUGAAUAUUUUGGGACAAUUGUGAACAACCGAUGGAUGAGCCUCCUACAAGAUGACUUCAAAAAUAACGGAGUGAGUACUGAACACUGUAUCUAUCUUGACCACGAAAAACACAAGGCACCAGUAGCAACCCUGAUAACAAGUCAGAAAACGGGAACAAGAACCGUAAUUGCAGACUUCAAAGGUAUAACAGGGGUGACUUAUGAGCAAUUUUCGUCCUUGAAUAUCGGAAAAUACGGAUUGAUUCAUCUUGAAUCUCGGAGUUUUGAAGGUCGGGCUGGUGAUAUUGCUGACAUCAUUGCUCUUAUAGUAAAACAUAACGAAACGAAUGUCGAGAGCGAAAAGAUCGUUAUAUCAGUUGAAAUUGAGCAGUCAAACAUAACAAAUCCAGAAUUUCGAUCUCUCUUUGCACAAGGGGACAUUGUUUUGAUAGGCAAAGACUAUGCAAUAGAUGAUGGUUACACCAGUAAAGAAGAGGCUGUUAGAGGCCUUUACAAGUAUUGUAAACCAGAUGCAAUUCUUGUAUGUGCAUGGGGAGAUGACGGGGCUGCCGCUAUGUUUGACGAACAGUUAGUUUGUUCGCCUGCUAUUACACCUGAAAAGCUAGUAGACACCCUAGGAGAAGGUGACACUUUUAACGCAGGAUUUAUUUACGCUUUCAGUAGAGGAAAGUCGGUUGCCAAAGCUGUAAAAUUUGGUUGCAUGGUUGCUGGACAUAAGUGUGGUUGUAAUGGAUUUUCAUGUGUUAAAGGAAUGCAAAGAAACAUGUAUCAAAUAUAGUGUAGCUGUAUUUUUGUGUGGUUUCAUACAUAUACUAUUAUUUACAUUCAAAUGGGUCCUUAGACAUAUCUAUAAAACUGAAUUCCGCUGAAGGUGGUGCUUUGGGCGUGAGGAGUGAUAUACUAGUACAUGUCAUUACCUCUCAUGAACAGACUUAGUCAGUUACGCUUAUUGCAUUAUUUCUACAAAACUCAAAAGGACCUUCCAUGGAUUUUAUUGCACAUUAGAUAUAUUAUUUCACGGACGGUAUUUGUGUGCUUAUGUAAGAUUAUUGCAAUGUGUUAAAGGCACCCAAAGAAAAUUCUACUAGUACAACGUGCCUGACAUAAAAUAUGAAAAGUUUUGCGUCAAUUUGUCAACAGAUUUUUGAGAUUUAUUUGCCACUGUUUUUACACGUGGGGCAUGAUUGUUUUACAUUCGUGCGUGUUAACUACUUGUUGUUUUAGUAAUAAUUUAUACCUAAAAAUGUUCAUGAUGACAAACUGUAUAUCUUAUUUUGACAUUUAUAUGAGUUUUUUUUGCUGCGAUGAAUAGUUUAAAGUAUUUACUAUGUGAGUCAGGCAAACGUGUGAUGUAGUAAAACAUACACAAUGACAGUUAUUUAAAAACAAAUGCUAUAUGUAUAUAACUGAGCCACACCAUGAGAAAACCAACAUAGUGCAUUUGCGACCAGCAUGGAUCCAGACCUGCCUGCGCAUCCGCGCAGACUGGUCAGGAUCCAUGCUGUUCGCUUUUAAAAGCCUGUUGCAAUUAGAGAAACCGUUAACAAAAAGCAGGCUGGUCUGGAUCCAUGCUGGUCGCGUUUCUGGAUCCAUGCUGGUCGCAAACGCACUAUGCUUGUUGGUUUUUUCAUUGCACGGCUCAUAUGUAUUUAAAAUAUUGAUAUUCUACUUGUACUUUUUUCAUUUAUGUAAGAUAUCUACUCUUCAGUAGUCUUUAAAUCCUUAUAGAAAUAAACACUGCGAAGGAUGAACUUGUAUACUUUUUAAAGUGUUAGCAAAUCGUUAAACAAUUUGAUAUCUGCAUUUACACGCAAUAUAUACAUGAAAUAAUAAUAAUAAAAGACGUGAAAGUUG